AUGAACUUUGUACCCAAUAAUGUCUCUGGUUUCGAUUUCCACCUGAGAUCCCUGUCAACUCCUCAUUCACAGGGAGAGGCAUUCGGCCAUCCCCUUUUCGAGUCAAUAGUGGUGCGACAAAGCGAGACCGGGAUGAUUCACGGUGGUCGGCGUGGGGCGAGUCGUGGCCGGGGCUCCACGGUGGUGCGCUACUUCGUUGAGGGUGACCGGGUUAAGGGUGGAGACCGUGAGAGUGGAGUUUGCAAUGGAGAGGAAGGAAGGGUGGAAAAGGCGAAGGCGCGGUAG